AUGAACCCUGAGGCGAAUUUGAGUUGCGACCCCUCUACUACAGAUGAUCAGUAUGGCUCCGAUUCCCUUCUAGGGCGAUUUGGCAACAUCACAGCUGCGGCAGAUCAUGUCGAGACACUUUCACGGACGUAUCUCCUCAGCCACCCAGGUAGAGACAAUGUCGCCCCAAAUACUGCGCUCCAUGGCAUCCUGCGGAAGUUCCUUGACGGAAAGGUGAAACGCAAUGCUGCAGGUUUGAUGUACAUCUACGAUCGGGUCAAAUUUCGGACAGAUCUGACGCUCCUCGCAACACAGUUGCUGGAAGCCGCUCGAGUAGCCCUACCGGAAGAAGCCGCAUGUGCCGAAUUCAACGUGGAAGAUUUCGAAGGAAAGUGUCGCACUGAUCCCGACCACAUCAACGCUAAGAAAUACCACUUUGCCAGGGGUAAGAUCUUUAGGACGGUCUUACCUGAUCCUGAUAUGCAAACUCAAGGUUUCCGGUGGAACAAGCCGCAUAGGUACAUUGCAGCAGCCUUGGCUUCUGACGAUGCUAUCAAGAACACAUCAGAUCUGGAAGAAGCUAUUCAUCGGCUUGAACAAGCAUAUACAGAGGUGUUGAAUGGUGUCAAGAAAGAACUUGACCAGAACGAAGAGAUCUGA